CCCCCUCCUAUCCCCACCUCACUCCGCUUGUGCGGCCGCGUGGUGCUGCUGCUGCGGAGUUGCGGCCGCGCUCCCCCGUCCCUCCCCCCGCAGAGCCUUCGCUUCGGUACGAUCGAAGCUCCGGCAGCCCGAAUCUCCUUACGAUGGGUAGAAAGAAGAAUCCAAUUGUCUUUCUGGAUGUAUCGAUAGGUGAUGGGCCUGACGAAAGAAUGAUAUUUGAGCUGUUUGCUAAUGUUGCUCCCCUUACAGCAGAGAACUUCAGAGCAUUAUGCACAGGUGAGAUGGGAAUUGGACAAUCAACUAAGAAGCCAUUAUAUUACAAGGGAUCAACAUUCCACCGUGUCAUCAAGGGGUUCAUGGCACAAGAUGCAGGCAGAUGAUCUCGACUGCUUUUCUUAUCAUAUACUCCCUCCUUCCCAAAAUGGUGGCGACUUCUCAAAUGGAGACGGAAAUGGUGGAGAAAGUAUAUACGGCGAACAAUUUGAAGAUGAAAAUUUUGUGCUACGCCAUGAUGACCGGGGUCUCUUGUCAAUGGCAAAUGCUGGACGUAAUACCAAUGGCUCCCAGUUCUUCAUUACGUUCAAGCCUAAUUCUCAUCUUGACAGGAAGAACACUGUUUUUGGCAAGCUUAUUCUUGGAAAUGAUGUGCUGAAGAGGAUUGAGCAUGUUGAUGUGGAUGGUUCUACUAAUAAGCCUAUCGUUCCAGUAAGAAUAGUGGAUUGUGGGGAGCUUGUUGAUGGUAAAGGCCGGGGAUCUUUCUCAACUGAAAAUGAUAAAAAGAAAGUUAAGUCAAAGUUGUCCAUUGAUUCAUCUGAAGACGAAGGUAAUGAAGAAAAACACAAGGGCCGUCGCAAGAAAUCUUUGAAGAGGAGAAAGAAGAAGAGAAGAUACUCUUCUUCAGAAUCAGAAACCUCAUCUGAGUCUGAGUCGUCAGAUUCUGAGAGUGAAUCAGAUUACUCCAGCGAGUCGUCUGACAUCAGCAGCUCAAGUGAUGACAAGCGGAGACGAAGGAAGAGACACUCCAAGAAGGAUAAACGCAAGCAUGGGAAAAGAAGGCGAGAUCGCAGGCGCGAGAAAAGACGUAGAAAGCGUGACAGGAAAUCAAAGCAGAAGUCAAAAAGGAUGGUAGAGAGUGACAGUGAAACUGGAAAUGCGAGUGAUGGCAGCUCUGAGGAUGCCAGAAGAAAGCGGCAACGCCAUGGAAGGAAAUCUAAGGCCACAUCUCAAAUUUCUGCUGAAGAUCACACAGCAGUAGCUGCUCUGAAGGAUGCCACUUCAACUCAGGAAAAGAUUGGAACACCAAGGAGUCUGGCACAAGAAGACAAAUCUCCACUGGAGAAUGGCGAGAUGCGCACAAAUGGUGUUACUGACUCCAAAUCUGAAAGGAAGGCCGGUAUCAUGCCUGUUCUAACUGGCAACCGAAGCAAAUCUAGGAGCCAGAGCACGAGUGCUAAUCACUCCAUGAGCAAGAGCAUGAGUGUAAGUCCCAGAAGCCCAAUCAAAAGGUCAAACGUCAGCCUGGAGAGAUUGGUAAGCCCGAGUCCUGUUCAUCAGCGUAGUAGAAGUCCUGUCCAUGCUUCCAAACAAAAAGAAAGCAGGAGCCCACCCGGACAGAGGAAUAUGAGCAUGAGUCCUCAUCGAAGAAGCCCCAGCAAGAGCCCACCUGGAAGGGCAAGCAGAAGUCCUGUUGUCCGCAGGAACAGGAGUCCUGUUGAAGUUCGGACAAGAAGCAUUAGCAGGAGCUCAGCUAGGUCCUUGCAGCGAAGAAGUCCAAGUAGGAGCCCGGAAAGAACCCAUGUGCGAAAAAGUGUCAGUCCAAGCCCCACACCUAUGGAGAAGGGAAAAAGCAUUAGCCGAACUUCUGCAAGAUCUCCACUCCACAAGGGUUUUAGCCGGAGCCCUGAUAUGCCUCCCAGAAAGACUACAAGCAGAAGCCCUCAAAGGAAUGCUCAUAGAAACUUUAGCAGGAGCCCUGUGGGAUCUUCUAGAAGAAGCUUGACCCCUGUACGAGGUGGUCGAUCUCGCAGGAACGCCAGCAGAAGUCCUAGCCCACCUCGCAGGGCAGUAUCACCACCCAAUCACGGUAGGAGCCCAUCUAGGAGUGUCUCUCCCGAUGGAUCAAAACGCAUAAGAAGAGGGAGGGGCUUUACUCAACGUUACUCAUUUGCCAGACAGUAUCGUUCACCUUCUGUUGAUCGUUCUCACCGCUAUGGUGGAAGAGGUGAUCGUGACAGGUAUAUCAGUCACAGGGGCACUCGUUAUCGAUCACCUCCAAGACGAUACAGAAGCCCACCAAGAAGAGCAUCACCAAGGUCUAGCAGGUACAGAAGGAGGAGCCGAAGCGUGUCACGCAGCCCACCAGCUUAUCGAGACCGUGCAAGGGGAGGUGGCUACAGCAGGAGUCCAGUACGUAGUCGUUCGCCUCCUGCUGGGAAACCAAGUUCCCGAGGUGAUCGUGCACGGUCGCUCUCCAGGAGCAGGAGCCUGUCUGGGUCAAGAUCAAGGUCCCCACCACCUGUGCAGGAUUGCUCCCCCCUUGCCUCCCCAUCUCCAAAACAUGCAAGUAACGACAGGUCCCGGUCUAUGUCGGUGAGUCCUGAAGGGAAGAAGGGUUUGGUUUCCUAUGGAGAUGGCUCCCCUGAUUCUGCUGGGAAGUAGGGGAAAAAGAAAGAAGGCAUUCACUAGCUGUUUCCCCUGCUGUUGUUCAGCUCUGUUAAAAUGUUACAUAUGUGAUUCGAGAUGAUUUUGAAUUUGGUUGAAUUAUCUUUGGACAACUAUAAUCUGAGGUUAGUCUAUGGUUUUGUUAAUUGCAUGCCAACAUUUUCUUGUAUCAAUCCUUGUUAAUGGUGCGAAUCAUGGUUUUUAUCAAAGCUGCUACAUGUAGUAAUCCUACACUUUUGACAAAUAUGGACACCGAGUCCCUUAUGAUCCA